GCUUCACAUUCCAAACGUCAAAAGACAUGUAAACAAAUAUUUGGAUCUCAAGUGGAAUGGAGAACGCACAAUGAACAAUACGAAUCGAUUACUUUUUGCGACGGUAAUUUUUGCUUGUUAUUCAUUUUGCCGAGCAGAAAAUGCCAAACUAACUGCAGAGUUAAUGAAUUCCGGAUUUCACAGGCACGUGGAGUAUAUCGUCGUAUUUCCAGAUUAUCAGGGCAAACAACAUUCAUUCCUUAUCAAACAAUUGUUACCAGCCAGCGUUUACGUUGACACCGAUCAACUGGACGAUUUGAAUCGAUUUAAUAAGCUCAAUUAUUUCGUUGACAAGAGUCUUAUUGAUGUCGAGAAGCCAACGGAAAAAUCCGAACCAUUCAACAUUCAUCUAUUUGGCAACACCGCUUUUUUGCAAACGAUAUCGCUUCCAAUACACUUUCGAUAUCAUGCACCGGGCAAUAAAAGUUUUGUAACGGUGAACAUAGCCUAUCCAGAACUUUAUGUGGAAGUGGAUGACGAUCUACCGGUGACAAAUGCCUCAAAGCCGGUUUGGAUGCUAUGCAAAGAUCUACGGCAUCGAUGCCAAUAUGUACAAGUGGAGUAUGAUAACUUCUCUCGCAGGCCGAUGACUGCAAGCAUUCCAAUCGGAAAUGCCAAUAUGAGCGGCACAGUAACAGUAUUCACAAUUGCAUUGAGCUGGAUAGCGUGUAUAUAUCUCAUUUUUGUUAUACGAAAGAGGUAUUUCGCAAUCAGACAUAAAUUGGAACCAAAUCGAACAUUCAAUCAAAAACAGAAAUAAAGAUAGACAUAACGAA